AUGGCCGAGUAUGAUUAUGAUCUCUUCGUGAUUGGCGGCGGGUCUGGCGGCCUUGCUGCGACGAAGGCAGCCAGCGACCUGGGCGCCAAGGUCGCAGUAGCCGACUUCGUGAAGCCGUCGCCUGCAGGGACCACCUGGGGCAUUGGUGGCACCUGCGUCAAUGUGGGGUGCAUUCCGAAAAAGCUCAUGCACAUCUCGUCGCUGUACAGAGAAACGCAGACGGAUGCGCACGGCAUGGGCUGGGAAACAAAGUCUUCGCACAGCUGGUCUGGCAUGGUGAAUCAGGUAAACGACUACAUCAAGUCUUUGAACUGGGGGACCAAGACGGACCUGCGCUCCAAGAACAUCAAGUACUACAACUCCUUUGCAACCUUCAAAGAUGCACACACCAUCUCCUUGGACAACGGCAAGGGGAAAAAAGAGGAGGUAUCUGCCAAGUACAUCCUCAUAGCAUGUGGCGGCCGGCCUGCUUACGGCGAUGUCCCGGGCGUCAAGGACUGGACGUGCGAGUCAUGA